GGUGGGGCCUCGCCCAUCCCCCGCCGCCUCCAGGCCGUGGUCUCCACCUCCCAGAUCCUCCGCGCCUCCGGCUACUCCGCCGUGAAGGCCGCCACGCUCCGCGCCCUCUCUGACAUUGCCGGCCACUACAUUGAGUCCCUGGGCCGUGCCACCACGGCCUUCGCCGGGGUCCCCGGCCGCAUAGAGCCAAACAUUGCUGACAUCAUCCUCGCGCUCGAGGACCAUGCGCUCGGCGGCUUCCCCGGCGUGUCCGACCCCGCGCAGCCCGUGUUCUGCUCCGGCGCGCUCGCGGAGCUCGCGGGGUUCGUCGACGCUGUGGAGGUGCCGUUCGCGAAGCCCCUGCCGAGGAGGAAUCCUUGCUCCGGCACCGGCAAGGGGUGGGAGAGCUUCGCGUCUGCGGACAGGGAGCCGCCGCUGAGCCACGUUCCGGCGUUCCGCAGUGGGCUGCCCCGCAUCCCCGUGGGCAAAACAGACAAUUGGUCUACCAAUUUAACCCCGUUAGCCCAGAUAUAGAUAGCAAUGGUCUGGAUGUCCAGAAAAAACUGGGUUAAUGGUUGGUUGGG